AUGUUCGGGGUCCGGGUCGUGACCUUCUCCCUCGGUUUCGGCAAAAGGAUCUGGGGGUUUGAGCACGGCGGUACGGACUACCGGGUUUCGGCCUUGCCUUUGGGCGGCUAUGUGCGCAUGGCGGGUGAGCAUCCCGACGAGAAGACCGCCGACCCGGGCGACUUCAUGAACAAGCCGCGGUGGCAGCGGAUCUUGGUUUAUUUGGCCGGGCCAGCCAUGAAUGCGGUGCUCUCGGUGGGGAUUUUUGCGGCUGUCUUCAUGCAAGGCUUUUGGGUUCAGGGCUUGCAAGACGUUGACCCGGUGGUGGGAUACAUCGUCGAAGGGUCGGCGGCGGAGCUCGCGGGUCUGCAAAUAGGCGAUCACAUUUUGGCGGCCGGCGGCGAGUCCGUGGAUAAAUGGGGCGACUUGGCUUUUAUCGUGUCCACCUCACCCGACAGACCGUUGCUUCUCGACCUUGAGCGCGCGGGCGAGCGAACGUCCGUGGAGUUAAUUCCAAAGGCGGAUCCGCGCCACGGAAUCGGCGACGCCGGCUUCGCCCCCAAGCUGGUGUUGCGCACUUCCGGAAUUAUUCGGGGAGACCCCGCUCACAAAGCGGGCUUUCAACCGGGCGACGCGGUUCUUAGGGUCAACGGCAAGCUGGUGACCACCGAUCAGUCGUUUGUCGAUGAGAUCGAGUCCAACGCCGGUAAAGAGAUCGAGGUCGAGGUGCUCCGAGGUGAGGAGACUCUGACCCUGAGUGUAGUACCCAAAGAAGUUGAAGGUGUCGGCAAAAUCGGGGUCAACCUAGGCAUUUAUCGACCUCUACCCUUUGGCGAGGCGGUAGCGGAGAGCGUGCGUUUCAAUAUCGACAUCAUCGAUAAAACACUCAAAGUGCUGGGCAAGCUGCUCACCCGCGAAAUCGCCGCGAAAAGCGCGCUCUCCGGUCCGAUCGAAAUCGCCGUCUGGACCGGCCAAGCGGCGCAGCGGGGAUUCCAAGACCUGAUCUACCUCAUGGGCUUUUUGUCGAUCUCGAUCGGCUUCAUGAAUAUGUUGCCGAUUCCAGUGCUCGACGGAGGCAAUAUCGCCAUCUU